AUGGUGGGCUGGCUGGCUUCACCCUGCCGUGGAGCCCUGCGCUGCCUUUGCCUCCUGAGUGUACUCCUCCUGGUGGAUGUUUCUACACGACCUGCCAACCAUUCAGCCGCCCGGGAGAGAAUCACCAACAGGGACGAGAACGAGAUCCUACCCCCAGACCACCUGAAUGGGGUGAAGAUGGAGAUGGAUGGGCACCUCAACAAGGAAUUCCACCAGGAGGUCUUCCUGGGCAAGGCCCGUGAUGAGUUUGACGAGGACUCGGAACCUCGGAGGAGUCGGAGGAAGCUGAUGGUCAUCUUCUCCAAGGUGGAUGUGAACGCUGACCGCAGGAUCAGUGCCAAGGAGAUGCAGCACUGGAUCAUGGAGAAAACGGCUGAGCACUUCCAGGAGGCCGUCCGCGAGAACAAACUGCACUUCCGCUCCGUGGACCCCGAUGGCGAUGGCCGAGUGUCGUGGGACGAGUACCGGGUGAAGUUCCUGGCAAGCAAAGGCCACAAUGAGCGAGAGGUUGCCGAGAGGAUAAAGAACAAUGAGGACCUGAAGGUGGACGAGGAGACACAGGAAGUCCUGGAGAACCUCAAGGACCGCUGGUACCAGGCAGACAAUCCCCCCUCAGACCUGUUGCUGACCGAGGAUGAGUUCCUGUCCUUCCUCCACCCAGAGCACAGCCGGGGCAUGCUGCAGUUCAUGGUCAAGGAGAUUGUGCGAGACCUGGACCAGGACGGUGACAAACGACUCUCGCUGCCGGAGUUCAUCUCCUUGCCUGUGGGCACAGUGGAGAACCAGCAGGCUCAGGACAUUGAUGACAACUGGGUCAAAGACAGGAAGCGAGAGUUUGAGGAGCUGAUUGAUGCCAACCAUGAUGGGAUCGUGACCCCAGAGGAGCUAGAGGAGUACAUGGACCCCAUGAACGAGUACAAUGCCCUCAAUGAGGCCAAGCAGAUGAUUGCCAUCGCGGAUGAGAACCAGAACCAUCACCUGGAGCCUGAGGAGAUCCUCAAGUACAGCGAGUUCUUCACAGGCAGCAAGCUAGUGGACUACGCUCGCAGCGUGCACGAGGAGUUCUGA